AUGGGCCAAAACCUUCCUGUGACCUACUGUGCAGGCGGUCCUCUAAUUGGCGUGCCAUCUACCAGCGCUGCAGCACUGCUGAACCUCAAGGCAUCGCUGGGAGUGACGUUCACCUCGUGGGCAGCAAGUGUGCCGUGCCAAGUGGUUGGCAAGCAGGCUGCCACACAGACCACGUGGUCAGGCGUGCUCUGUGGUGAUACCGGGGACGUGCUUUCCAUGUUUUUCCACUACAACUGGUUUGCGGGAUCCAUUCCCUCCCUCAUCGCCUCGUUGCUGAAUCUCACCACGCUAGGCCUCUUCUCCAACUACCUCACGGGCACCGUGCCCAUCCCCUCAACCACUCUGGUUGCUCUGGACGUGGGCUUUAACUUCCUCUCGGGCUCUUUCCCCCAGCUCUCUCUCAAAAGCUGUUCAGCAGACCACAACUGCUUCCUCUCCUCCUACUGCCGCUCCUCCGGUCUGCUGCAGCGCCCUGCCUCCGCCUGUGCCAUCUGCGGGUCUGCCGACGGCCAGGGGGAGCUCUGCUAUGGUGGGCUGUGCGGCCCUGACAGUGCUGGUGCAGUCAGUGCGGGGACUGUGAACUCCCCCUCUCUGCCCAUGGUCCCCAUGAAGUGUUUCGGUUCGCCUGUGGUCACAAUGGAUACUGCCUCAGCAACGGCUUUAUUGAAGGUCAAGUCAUCUCUGGGAGUGACCGACUCCACCUGGGUCGCCACCUCUUCCUGCCCCCUCGGCACUCCCGAUGCCAGCCUCACAGACCUCUGGAAUGGCGUGCGCUGCUCCCCUGCUGGGGCCGUCACGAGUGUGGACCUGUCGAGCAACCUCUUCCGCCAGAACCUCGCCUCAUUCACUUCUGGCUUCUCCAAACUCCAGGCCCUCAAGCGCCUCUAUCUCAACAACAACUGGUUUGCGGGCUCCAUCCCAUCUUCCCUCGUCUCCCUGUCCACCCUCACCCUCCUGGACCUGCAUGCAAACGCACUGACCGGGACGGUGCCAGCCCUGCCCACCUCUCUCCUCUCCCUUGACAUCCAAGACAACUUCCUCGCGGGAAGCUUCCCCGCAGCUUCGCUGACUCAGUGCGACGCGAGCAGCAACUGUCUGGCGAGUGCGAUGGCGUGCAGUGAGGCGAGCGCUGCGGCUCAGAGGGAUGCCGAGGCGUGUGCCAUCUGCGAGUCAGAGGACGGGCAGGGCUUGCUGUGCUUCGGAGGGUCGUGCUUGCCGGAUGUGGAUGGCAGCACCGUGCAUGCUGAUGGCAUGGACCCUCCUGACAUGUACUGUAUUGGUGAGUCAUGGCAUAUUGCAUGUGGUGGUGUGGUGGCGGUCAGCUGUGUCAUGUUGUGGUGUCCAAGUUCCGUGUGGUAUGCUUACUUCUACUCCAUACACCUCCCUCACUCCAUCCUGCCAACCCUCCUCCCUACCCAUCCCCUCUCCCGAAAUGUCACUCACUCAAUGUUCCUCUUUCUCCCAUCUGUGCCGCUCUUCCCUCCCCACCUCAAUCACCUCUCCUCGCCCCCCACACCGCACACCCCAACUCUCACAGCGCAAGCACUGCUGGCAGUGAAGGCCGCGCUGGGGGUGACCUUCACAACUUGGGGGCUUGACAAGGCCUGCACCACGGCUUCCACCGGGCUGGCCAUUGAAGGCACCCUCACUGCUGUGUCCUGUGACCCUUCCGGCAGAGUCCGCACCUUCAACCUCUCAUUCAACUGGUUCUCUCACACUGUCCCUGGAUACCUCCUCGCUCUUCCCAAUCUCUCCAACCUCGCGCUGGGCUUCAACUACCUGACGGGCUCGCUGCCUGGCAGCAUAGCGGCGCCUCUCAAGGCUCUGGACGUGCAGUUCAACUUCCUUGCCGGCUCCUUUCCCGCCCUCGGCCUCGCCUUCUGCUCCGCCCGCAUCAACUGCUUUGCUUCCACCGCCAACUGCAAGCACCCCACAAGGCCCGCUGAGAUCCCGCGAACAGCACCUGCUUGCGCUAUCUGCAACACCACGAACGCUCAGGGCAAGCUCUGCAGCAACAUCACUGGUGGGGGAAUCUGCAGCGUCACUCCUCCUGCCCUCCUGCUCCCACCAGGCACACCCAACAGUGCCUCAUCGCCCGUGCUCCCUCUGGUCUGCACCGCUGCCACAAGUGUGCCCAUGGAUGCGACUCAAGCUGCUGCGCUGAUGAAUGUGAAGGUGGCGCUGGGAGUGUCGUUUCCAGACUGGCGGGUCGAUGCCCUCUGCACCCUCGUGGGGUCGCCCUCCCCGGCUCCCGGCACGUGGAAUGGCGUCGCCUAUGAUGAUUCCGGGAAAGUGCUCCGAGUGUCCCUCAAGGGGCUGGGCCUCACAGGGAGCAUCCACUCGGAGAUCUCCAAGCUCACCACCCUCACCGUGCUUGACCUGCAGUCCAACCUGCUGGAAGGCAAGAUGGACGCCUUCACUGCCAACAUCAAGGCACCUCUUGUGCUCAAGGAGCUCUACCUGCAGUACAACUAUCUCUAUGGUGUCUUCCCCUCGGCCAUCCUCGCACUCAAGACCCUCUCAACACUCUCCGUGGCCUUCAACUACCUCACCGGAUCACUCCCCACCGCACUGCCCACCACGCUCGCCUCUCUGGACGUGCAAAGCAACUUCCUGGCGGGUUCCGUGCCGGCCAACACCAUCCCUUACUGCGCCAGCACGGGCAACUGCCUGAUGGACACGUCCAAGUGUGCAUCACUGGGACUGCCACAGCGCAGCGCCGCUGAAUGUGCCGUCUGUGGCUCCACCAACGGCCAGGGCGCUCUGUGUGCUGCUGCCACCACCUGCCGGGUUGCUGCUGCUGGGGCUGGGGUGACGACUCCCCCCACUGCGCUUUCUGCUAGUCUCCAUCUCUUCUGCGAGGCUAUUCCCAUGGACUUGUCCCUGCCCACCUCAGUCCUCCUGUUCCUUCACCUUCCUCCUCAACUCACCCCUCUUCCCCUUUCCUCCUGCUCCCUCUUCUCAACACCCGCCCUCGCCUUGCCAGCCCAAACCAUGCUAGCCAUCAAGGCCGCACUGGGGGUGACGCUGACAGACUGGACUGCCACCCUGCCGUUGCUCAAGCCCUCCAGCCCCACCUCGCCCAAGUCGCUCCCACGCAGCAGCAGUGUGCCGCUUGCAGCGACUCAGGGCACGUGCACGUUGGAGUGGCAGAAUCCUGGCCCAGGCGCAUGGACCGGCGUCUAUUGCAGCUCCAAGGGCGUUGUUGUGGGCAUUAUGCUACCAAAUCAGGAGCUGAGUGGAAGCCUCUCAACGGAGAUCACCAAGCUCACAGCCCUCACCAUGCUCGACCUGAGCUCCAAUCUCUUCCAGCGCCGCCUGGAUGUCUUCCUCUCUGCCGUCUCUGCCCUCAAGGCACUCCAAGUUCUCAAGCUGAGCCGCAACUAUCUGACGGGCACAGUCCCCGCUUUCAAGACUACCCUCAAAUCCCUCAACGUGGCCAGCAACCUGCUCUCGGGCUCCUUCCCCGCCAUCUCCCUCACCGCCUGCGAUUCCCGCUCCAACUGCCUCUCCACCGCCACCAAUUGCGCCAACGCUGCCGGCACGGUGCAGCGGUUAUCCUCAGAGUACAGCGUGUGUGGGUCCACUGAUGCUUCUGGCGUUCUGUGUGGGGGAGGGCUGUGCGUCCCUGAUGCCUCCGCCCCUGCUGCCUCCUCCACCCCCAACACGGACGGCCAGCCGCUGCUGCCACUGAGCUGCCUGGGAGUGCCCAUGGAUGCGGCCAUGGGGUUGGCGCUGCUGAAUGUGAAGGCAUCGCUGGGUGUCACGUUCACGGAUUGGAAUGUGGAUGCGCCGUGUGCACUGGCAGGGCAGGCCGUGGUGCCGGGCUCGUGGUCGAGCGUUGUGUGUGACGCCACCGGCAAGGUUCUCAGCCUGUGA